UAACAAAAAUUUCAAUAUCUUUAAUAAUAUAAUACUACAGUAAAAUGCCUCCAAAAGUCCAAUUCCACCACGACGUGAAUCCAUUCAUCCAAACCAUCAGAAAUUUUUUGCUUGGUAGAAAACAUACUCUAGCCCUGAGGUUUCAAGACACCCUUGCCACAAGAUCUCCUCCUCCCCCAGUCCUGCCUGAGGGCCCUGCCCAUAGGUUGAAUACCAAUUACUACUAUAACCGAGAUGCUAGAAGAGAGGUUUCACCUCCAGAAUUGAUAGCACCAAUUCCUAAACAACUGGAAGCUACUGAUAAAGCAGGAGCACUAAAAAGGAUCACUCCUGGUAAUCUAUAUAGAUGGGAUUAAAACACCAUGGAAUUUUAGUGGUUUCAAUAGAUGCUAUAUGUGUAUAUACUAUGAAUAAAUUACUCUACUUGUAUUUUAACUUUUCAAUAAGCCAGUCAGUUCUAGAAGACACAUGAGUUGAUUUGGAUACAGGUUUGAUCCCAGUAUAGUUUUGAA